AUGGAGAAAUCCAGACCUUUGUGGGACAAUCAUUUCCAAUUUGUAUUUGCCUGUAUUUCUUAUGCAGUAGGUCUGGGGAAUGUUUGGCGGUUUCCUUAUUUAUGCCAGAUGCAUGGAGGAGGUGGAUUUUUAAUCCCAUACUUGAUUAUGUUAGUUGUGGAAGGAAUGCCAUUGUUAUUCUUGGAAUUGGCAGUGGGACAACUUAUGCACCAAGGGAGCAUUGGCACAUGGAAUGCUAUAAGUCCCUACCUCUGUGGAGUUGGAAUUGCCAGUGUUGUUGUGUCAUUUUUCCUCUCCAUGUAUUACAACGUUAUAAACGGCUGGGCAUUUUGGUAUCUUUUCCAUUCAUUUCAGGAUCCUUUGCCAUGGGCAAGCUGUCCACUGAAUAUUAACCACACAAACUAUGAGGAAGAAUGUGAGAAAGCAACACCCACUCAGUACUUUUGGUACAGGAAAACCCUCAAUAUUUCUCCAUCCAUUGAGGAAAGUGGAAGCAUCCAAUGGGAGCAAGCAGCUUGUCUCAUCCUGGCGUGGCUAGUGGUCUAUCUGUGUAUUCUGCGUGGAACAGAAUAUACUGGCAAGGUUGUUUAUGUAACAGCUAUAUUACCUUAUAUAGUCCUUAUCAUAUAUUUGAUCAGAGUCUUAACACUUCAUGGAGCUACUAAUGGACUGCAAUAUAUGUUCACUCCAAAGGCUAUGGGUAAUAUGAUUAAUAUAAUUCUCACCAUUUAUGCCUUGCAGCUGGAGCAACUAGCAAACCCCAAGACUUGGAUUAAUGCAGCUACUCAAAUCUUCUUCUCUCUUGGCCUGGGCUUUGGUAGUUUGAUAGCGUUUGCCAGCUACAAUGAUCCAAACAACAAUUGUGAGCGACAUGCCAUCCUUGUUUCCUUAAUAAAUAGUGCUACCUCAAUAUUUGCCAGCAUUGUCACAUUCUCCAUUUAUGGCUUUAAAGCAACUUUCAAUUAUGAAAGCUGCAUAAACAAGAUGAUCUUGCUGUUGACUAAUGUUUUUGAUCUGAAAGAGGGUUUAUUAAAAACAGAAAACCUUGAGAAUAUGAAGCAGUAUUUGGCAUCUGUUUACCCUGGAAAAUAUGCAGAAGUGUUGCCACAGAUCAGGAACUGCAGUUUGGAAACUGAACUAGACACUGCUGUGCAAGGGACCGGGCUAGCAUUCAUAGUAUAUUCUGAAGCAAUUAAAAAUAUGGAGUUCUCACAAUUGUAUUCAGUGCUGUAUUUUGUUAUGUUGCUGUUGCUGGGAAUAGGGAGCAUGCUGGGAAACACUGCAGCCAUUCUUACUCCUCUGACUGACAUCAAGUUCCUCUCUUCUCAUGUACCCAGGGAGAUUAUCUCAGGCAGUGUGUGCAUUAUCAACUGUGUCAUUGGCCUAAUAUUUACUACAAGGGCUGGUAACUAUUGGUUUAAUAUCUUCAAUGAUUAUGCUGCUACUCUGUCCUUGCUACUUAUUGUACUGGUGGAAACUAUUGCUGUUUGUUACAUAUAUGGGCUAAAAAGAUUUAGUAAGGACCUUUGCGUGAUGAUUGGACAUGAGCCAAGUUGGUAUUGGAAAGUUUUAUGGGCUUUUAUCAGUCCAAUAUUAAUCAUAAGCCUGUUUGUGUUUUACAUCACGGACUACAUCAGGACAGGGAUAUCCCAAUAUCAAGCCUGGAAUGCAACAGAGGGACAACUGGUUACCAAAGAUUAUCCAAGAGGUGGCUUAAUAGUUAUUGGUCUGCUUGUGGCAUCAACAUCAUCAUGCAUACCAUUAGGAGCAUUAAUAACUUUUAUAAAGCUAAGAAGAAAUCACCAGUAAUUGGACUUGAGGAACUGAUGCAGCUUUCACAUUCCAGCUUGAAGAUUAUACAAAUGAUAGGUCGCAGCAAGCAACAAAGCAAAUCCUGAGUAACCAAAUAUCCCUGCCAAAAUAGUCUCUUAUCCAUCCUCCAUCAAAAAAACGGCUUUGCAGCAGAAGGUAACUUGAGAUUGAUUUUGACAGAUAAAGACAAGAUUAUACUUGAAAGCAUUGGUUCUGUGCAAUUAUGCAAAGAAAAUCUGGCAUAUGUGAAUAUGGAUGUAAAACAUCCAAGUCAUGUGGUACAAAAAACUACAACGUGUGCAACUGGUUUUUCUAUACUGAUACAUCAUUUAUGCAACUCAUUUUCAUGGUUAUUUGUAAGUUAUCUUUAUGAGCAAGAAUCGUCAGAUUCUUUACUACCUACUAGAGCUGUAGCAACCUAAUGAAUGUCUAUAAUUCGAAAAAGAACUACAAUGGGCAACAGGGCUGGGAAAU